AUGUCCGACUCACUCUCUGAUGCGGACAAGAUCCGAAACAAGCGUCUUGCCAAACUCUCCAACCCCUCCCCAUCCGCGGAAAGUGGCUCCGACCCCAGUCAGAACCUAUCCACACCCUCCCCCUCACAACCGCCAUUGCCCGCUCCACAGUCCACCGAGACACCAAGCACCCCGACAGCCACAUCUUCCACCCCGCAGCAACAACAGACAGAAGCAAAACGAAUCAAGAUAACUCCGGUCACAUCCUCAACCUCAACAUCAAGCCCAGAACGGCCCCCUUCUACUGGCCCAUCCACCUCUAAAACACCCCCGCCACCAAAACCCGAAGAGAGCAUAGAAGCCUUCGAGGAUCGGACAUUGAGCGCGGUAUUCAAGCUAACUCUGCGCGAGGACCGCCAGCGCGAUAUCCACGGCAACGCCCUGAUCUAUCUUCCCGGUCUGCAAGCCGAAUUGCAAGAUGAGGGCCAGGAGCUGCGCAUCCAGACCGCGGUCCUGGACCAAGCGCUCCUGGAAGCUGCGUCCAAGGCGGAAAGCCAACGUCCACUGGACUACCUGAUUCCGUGCUGGAAGCGAGUUGCCAGAUUGCACAAGGGGUUCCGGCGUGCGCGCGAUGAUGAUCCCAAGUUUCAGGUUCUGGUGGAGGCACGCCGGCUCUGUAUGAGUUAUUGUAUCUUUGCCAUUACCAUGCCUGAGAUGUUUGGCGUCGAGUCCUCUGAGCUGUCUCCGUUAGCACCGUAUCUGCUGAACGAGCCCGAGGAUGAUAAGGGUAUCGACUUUGAGUUCCUCACCGAGGCGGUUAAACGGUUUGAGGAGGAUGAGAGCGUUAAGCCGGCUUUUAUCUCUGCUGUAGAGGUGCUGAGCUCGGAGCUUGCGUCUAAGACCGUUAAUGAUGACUACAAGCCCUAUGCUCUGGCAUUGCGGAAUCUUGUGCGUCACGCGGCCAUUGCGGGUGCGAUCACAGAGUCAUCCAUUUUCAAUGCGUCAAAGGAUGCUGCUCAGUUUGAGAAGGCAACACUCCUAGGUCCAUGGUUUAGCCUGUCGCCUCUCCAGGGAGCGGUGACCAUGACGUACUUCUCCAGUCCAAAGACCCGCGAUCAAUCAUACAUCCUAAAUGCCCAGCGGUCUCUUCGCAUGAUGCAGCAGAUGCUCAGCUCUGACCUUCUCGAUGUGAUCAACUACAUGAUUCGGGCCUCGAAGGAGGCACGCGAUCGCGUGCUGGACUGGUUCGCCACGGCUCUGAAUAUCAAUCACAAACGGCGCGCAAUGCAGGUCGAUCCCGAGCAGGUAUCUUCAGAUGGCUUUAUGUUCAACAUUACGACAUGCCUGGACCAACUCUGUGAGCCUUUCAUGGAUGCCAAUUUCACCAAGAUCGACAGAGUCGAUGCAGAAUACCUCCACCGGGAUUCGCGGGUGGAUAUGCGCGAUGAGACGAAAAUCAACGCAGAUCAACACGCCUCGGAUGCAUUCUAUGCUAAAAAAGCUGAGGGGACGUCCAAUUUUAUCACGGAGAUUUUCUUCUUGACAGUUGCCGCUCAUCACUAUGGCAGUGAAUCACUAACCUCGAAGCUGGAGCAGCUCGAGAAGGACCUCCGACACAUGGAAUCUACCAUCACCAAGUUCGAACUUGAGCGGCACAAGUGGGCAGGCAAUCCGAUGCAGCUGCGGGUGUUUGAGCAGGCCCUCAAGCGAUACAAGGACAAGCUCGACCUGGGCCUGGCCUUGAAGUACAGUCUCCAGGGCGUGUUGUUUGAUGACCAGUGGCAGGCUCGGUCGAUGCUGUUUAUGAGAUAUGUCACAGUCUGGCUUCUGAGGCUUGUCUCCCGUAAGGAAGUUCCUCGCGAAGAGAUCACUCUGCCUCUUCCGGAGGAACAGCCAGAGGUUUUCCAAUGUCUGCCGGAGUACUUCCUGGAGGACAUUGUCAGCAAUUUCAAAUUCAUUAUGUGGUGCAUGCCACAGAUCAUCACUGCCACCCAGGGUGAUGAGCUGGUCAUGCUGUGCAUCACAUUCCUUGAGAGCUCCGAUUAUAUUAAAAACCCGUAUCUCAAGGCCGGGCUGGUGUCCAUCCUGUUUCGAGGAACUUGGCCCCGGCCCGGGGGAGGACGGGGCGCGCUUGUGGACCUUCUCAGCUCGAUGCCAUUUGCCAACAACCAUCUCCUCCAUGCGAUCAUGAAGUUCUACAUCGAGGCCGAGCACACCGGCACCCACACGCAAUUCUUUGACAAGUUCAAUAUUCGAUACGAGAUCUUCCAGAUCAUUAAAUGCAUCUGGCCCAACGUCCUAUACCGCGAGAAACUGUCCAAGCAAGCCCAGGAGAACCUCGACUUCUUCGUUCGAUUCGUCAACCUCCUCCUCAACGACGUGACCUACGUGCUGGAUGAAUCCUUCGGCGCCUUCAAAACAAUCCGCAAUACCCAAGCUGAACUUAGCCAAUCUGGCAACUCAAUGGACGAAACUACCCGCCAGGAACGCGAAGAGAACCUCUCCUCCGCCCAGCGCAGCGCCAAGUCCUACAUGCAACUGACCAAUGAAACAGUUGCGAUGCUGAAGCUCUUCACCGAGGCACUCGCCGACUCCUUCACCAUGCCGGAGAUUGUACAGCGCCUAGCCGACAUGCUGGACUACAAUCUCGACGCGAUGGUGGGACCCAAGAGCUCCAAUCUGCGCGUCGACAAUAUACAGGAAUACGGAUUCAGUCCACGGUCUCUCCUCAGCGAGAUCAUCGACGUUUAUUUGAAUCUGAUGACGAAGCAGAAUUUCAUUGUGGCUGUUGCGCGUGAUGGCCGCUCGUAUAAGCCUGCGAAUUUCGAGAAGGCUGCUGAGAUCCUGCGCAAGUGGUCGCUUAAAUCUCCGGAAGAAUUGCGUCUUUGGGGCCAAUUGCAGAAGAAGGUGAAAGAGGCUAAGGAAAUUGAUGACCAGGCCGAGGAGGAUCUGGGUGAAAUGCCGGAUGAGUUCUUGGAUCCCCUCAUGUUCACCCUGAUGGAAGACCCCGUUAUCCUCCCCAGCUCCCGCGUCUCCAUUGACCGCGCGACUAUCCGGUCGCACCUCCUCAGCGACCCGCACGACCCAUUCAAUCGUGUUCUUUUGAAGAUGGAGGAUGUUGUGCCUGACACCGAGCUCAAGGCCAAGAUCGCGGCGUUCAAGGCGGAGAGAAUGGCAGCUAAGCAAAAGGAUCGCAUGGACACGACAGCGGACCGCCCUUCCUCCCUCUCCUCUCCAUCUCUCCUCUACACACGCCAAUGGGUGCCACCGUCUCUUCUGUCUGGGCCUCCCCUGCCCUCCGGGGCUGACUUGUACCCGCUAACCCCCGAAGCCUGGCACGUCGUACUAAACAGCUUCCAGUACUUCCCUCUGGUCACCACCCUCCAAUGGCUCAUCUCGUGGCACCCAGCUGGCAAAACCUCCCUGAGCUCGUCGAUCUUCAACCUCCCAGGCCGCCUAGCCUGGUGCGCCAUGGAGAUCGUCGGCCCAAUCAACCUCCUGUACAACCUGACGCGCCCAUCGCCCACCCUGCCCGCGCUCGCAGACCUGCCAACAAUCAACAAGCUCGUUGCUGCGCUCUACUGCAUCCACUACUUCAACCGCGCUAUCAUCUCGCCACUCUUCGCCGCGCCUAGCAUGUCCCCCAUCCAUGUCUUCGUCAUGACCAUGGCUAUGGGCUUUAACUGGUUCAAUUCGUCGUGCAUUGCCGGCUGGCUGCGCGGCUACGCGCUUCCCGUCUCGGGGUACACGACCGAUGGCACGGGCGCAGGUCUGGCGACUUCGCACCCCGUCGUCACGGAUAUGCUGCCCGUUGUAGGCGUUGUAGUGUUCGCACUCGGCAUGGUAGGCAACAUCUACUCCGAGCGCAAACUAUUCCAGCUCCGUCGCGAGUCCGCCGCCAAACAAUCCGCCAAAAAGACCGACGACGCCAACAAUGACGCUAGCAAUACCAAACCCAAGUGCGCAAAGGUCUACGUCCUUCCGCCCCGCCAAGGCGUCUUCCGCUACAUCCUAUACCCGCACUACGCCUUCGAGUGGCUAGAGUGGGUAGGUUUCGCGCUCGCCGGCACAGCCGUCUUCCCUCUCUCCCCGACUAGUGCGUCGCUCGCAACCAGGAGCGAGCUCGUCGCGCCCCCGCUUACCCUCGCGCCCUGGCUGGUCCCCACCGCGUGGCUGGCGGAUCGGUUGGCAGUGCCGUUGCCUUUUCCGGGGGUGUUGUUUGUUGUCAAUGCGGUUGCGAAUAUGCUGCCUCAUGCUCGUUGGGGCCGGAGGUGGUAUGUUGAGAAGUUUGGGGAGGAGGCUGUUGCUGGCAGGGGGGCUGCUGUGCCGGGGUGUGCGUGCAUGUGA